GCAGCCUACUCUUUCCUCCGCGGUGACUCGACAGUGAGACACGCAACAGUUUUCAGAAUUAUAAGAUGCUUUACCUGAAGGAUGGACUGUCGCUUAAAUCUCGGCUCACUGUCUUGGUUUUCCAUCACACUGUUGCCGCUCUUCUUCUAACACACACCUGUGCAGGUGAGUCACAGCUGAUUGGUCCAACUCAGCCCAUAGUGGCAAUGAUCGGUCAUGACGUCAUUUUGCCGUGCCACCUGGACCCUGCCGAGGAUGCCACUGCCAUGACCGUGGAGUGGGCCAGACCGGACCUGGAGCCCAGAUUUGUCCAUGUGUUACGCGACGGCCUGGAACUGGAUGAGAAAAAAUACCACCUCUACAUGGGACGAACAUCGCUGCUGAACAACCAGCUGAAGCACGGCGACGUUUCACUGAAACUCGCUACAGUGAAACUCUCUGAUGAGGGAAAAUACAAGUGCUUCAUUCCCACGUUGAGUAAAGAAACGUUCAUUGACCUUGUUGUUGGUGCUGCCUCCUCUCCUGUCCUAACGAUUAACAAAGACACCAGUGCAGUGGUUUUAGAUUGUGAAAGUAAAGGCUGGCACCCAAAGCCUGAGCUGUUUUGGCUGGAUGCUGAGGGAAAGCUCCUCUCUGCUGGAGCUCCAGAGACAGUCAGAGGUCCUGAUGGCCUCUAUACUGUCAGCAACAGUGUGGCUGUGGAGAAGAGCCACAGCAACAGCUACACCUGCAGGGUUCAGCAGCACAAAAUACAGCAAACCAGGGAGACACAGAUUCAUCUUGAAGAUGGUGUCUUCAUAGACAAAUCGAAUUGUUCUGCUGCUCAUAUCACCACUGGCUUUGCUAUUGUCUUGUUGUGUGUUGUUGUUGUUGUCUUUUUUGUUUAUUUAUGGAGAACAAACAAACUUGGAAACACAAAGAUGGGUCCACUGAGGAACAUCUUCAGUAAAAAAGGUGAACAAGAGAUGCAGCAGAGAGAAGAGCUCAACAACUUAGGACAUGAAAGCCUGACAGAAGAAGAAAGAGAGAGACAGAAGCUCAUGCGAGAGAAGGAGGUGAAGAAAAAUGCCAAACUUGAAGAGGAGCAGAAGAAAGAGAAUGAACGGAAACAGAGGGAGGAGUUGGAGAAACAGAUCAAGCAGCUGGAAUCACAGGUGGAGCAGAUAAAGAAAAGUGGAGAGGCUGAGAAGAAGCUGAAGGAGGAUGCUGAGAAAAUGAAACAUGAGUACAAAGAGCUGCUAAAAAAGACCAACUUGGUUCUGAUGAACAGAAGGACAGAACUUGAGAUGAGGCUUAAGAGAACCAAAGAAAAGAACAUGACAAAGAAAGAAGAGAAGGUAAAGGCAGUCAUUGAUGCACUGAAGGAGACAAAGAUGAUGAUCGAUGAGGUUCAGAAAAAGUUUUAGUCAGUCAGGGAGGGAACAGCUCUCAGACCAGAGGAGCAAACAAAGCAGAACAAGGUGAAUCACAUCACAACAGGAGGUUAGAAUAAUGACAUUUACACUAAACUAAAACCAUGGGCAAGCCUACCAGCAGCAUUAAACACUCAUUUUAAAAUACCUUCUGGUUUGUCAGACUAUAUGCAGGCAGAGAAUGGCGAUAAAUGUAACCUGAUAUCCCUGUCCUUUUUUUAAAUCAAAUCAGCAGCUCAAUAUGUUGGUUUAAGAUGGAAAAGCAGAGUAACAGAGGCUGAAAUCAUGUAAAUAAUAAAAUUACAAACAAGUUUUUGGUGACAACAGUUGAACUUGGUGAUGCUCUCAGAUUUUAUCAGAGGAUACAUCUGUGUACUAUCACAAUCAUUUGGUUUAAUUAAAUUUUGCAUGUGAAGUGAAUGCACUGUAAUAUUGUGACAAUUAACUUUUGUCAUAUUCUUUGAUAAGAGCACACACAUUUUUCCUGCUUUUUACUUUGGGUGCAGUGUG